CUCGUCGCACUCGCGCCAUGUCAGGCUGGGGCCGCGGCAAGACGACGCAGCAGUCGUCCGAGGUCGACCUCGAGUCGCAGAACGACCAGCACCUGAACGACCUGCACUCCAAGAUCUCUGCACUGCGAGGGGUGACUAGCGACAUCUACCAGGACUCGAGGGCACAGAACUCGCUCCUCGACGGCACUAGCAACGCGUUCGACAGCUUCAAGACGUCGCUGUCCAACACCUCGUCGCGGUUCGCGCGGUCGGUGCAGACGGGCAGCGGCGCAGGCCGGAUUCAGCUCGGCAUCGUCGCGGGCUUUGUCGCGCUGUUCCUGCUGUACAAGGUGGCGACGAGGGGCGGCAGUGCGCCGUGAGCCUGGUCGGUGGGCGGGCAGAUUGCUGUGGUUCCCUUGUCUCCUCGUCGUUGUCGAUACCCCCUCGUUUCUCUCCAUCUCCCUCUCUCGCGUGCUGUCCCCUCUCGUGUGUAACUAGUUCGACUGCACGAUA